ACGAUACAAAGCCGCUUUGCAGCUGUUGCAGCUUUGACAACAGGCGCAUUUGCAAUCACCUGCGACAAGGACUCAAUCCAAUCUGCCUUNCCCUCGGUUGCUACUGUUGAUUUCGCAACAUGGAUGCCUGCCAACUCGACUUUCACCGUGCCCAAGGCCGACAUUGCCUAUCCAGUCUCGCCGACUCAGCUGCGCGCCGCAUGUGCUGUCCAGGUGUCCGUCAAGAAUGGCACUUCUAACUACGGCUUUGGAGUCUUCUUGCCCGAUGAUUGGAACGGCCGUUUCCUUCUUCUGCCUGAUNNUGCUGUCGGGAAUGGUGGAUUUGCUGGCGGUAUCAACUGGCUGGACAUGGGAGCGGGCCUGGAAUACGGUUUUGCUGUCAUGUCCACAGACACUGGCCAUAACUCGAUUUCUGCAAACGGAACCUGGGCAUAUCACAACGAAGGUGCUCAACUGGAUUGGGGCUACAGGGCCAUGCACGGCAGCGUCGUCUUGAGCAAGCAAUUGACAACCGCAUACUACUCCAACGACAUCCUCUACAGCUACUACAGUGGCUGCUCUACUGGUGGCAGACAAGGUCUUCGUAACCUCCAGCUCUUCCCGGAAGAUUUCGAUGGCGUAGUGGCUGGAGCCCCUGCAUGGUGGACUAACCACCUCCAGCCCUGGACAUCGAAAGUUGGCUCCUACAAUCUUCCCAAUACAAGCGCUCACCACAUNCCCCCUACACUCUUCCCGGCCAUUGGCGCCGAAGUGAUGCGUCAAUGCGAUGCCGCGGAUGGUGUAACCGACACGAUUAUCUCUGAUCCUAAUGCUUGCGACUUUAACCCCGACUUCCUUCUCUGCACACCCAACAAGACAACAUCCUGCCUCACUCCUCCUCAACUCAAUACCCUCCACCAGAUCUACAGCGACUACGUCGAUACUAACCAGACAUUCGUGUUCCCUCAUCUCUGGGUGGGCAGUGAAGCUCAAUGGGUUCCUCUUCUUGGCGGCCUCACCAAUCAGCCAAACGCUCUCGGUCCCGACUAUGUCAAGUACUUCUUGGGCCGCGGACCUCAAUGGCAAUGGCAGGACUUUGAUUACGGCGUCAUCCAACAAGCCGAUGCCGAAGACCCUGGCAAUGCAACCGCCGAUGUUUUCGACUUGUCUCCUUUCCUUUCUCGCGGCGGCAAACUUCUCCAUUAUCACGGUAUGAGUGACGGUCUGAUUCCCACCGGCAGCUCCGUCUAUCUCCACUCCCAGAUUUUGCGGACAAUGGCUCCUCAGGGCGUGGAUCUCGACUCGUUCUACCGAUUCUUCCUCGUUCCGGGAAUGCAACACUGCGCCGGUACAGCAAACACUGUGAAUGCACCUUGGUACUUUGCUGGUGCCAACCAAGCAGCGGCACUCUCGUCUGCUGUAUCAGGAGUUCCUGGGUUCAGGGACGCUAAGCAUGACGUGUUGCUUGCCAUGAUGGAGUGGGUUGAGAAGGGUAUCGCACCAACAGAGAUCAUUGCUACCAAAUGGGUGAACGAUACCAUUCAGGAUAAGGUCAUGAGACAGAGACCGCUAUGCAUGUGGCCAAAGAAGCAAAAGUGGAGUGGAAAGGGAGACGUCAAUGCAGCGGACACUUGGACUUGCGAGUAG